AUGACGUGGCUGGCCCUUCGACCAGCCGCCUUCGCGCGGGUACCGGCCACAACGACAUGCCGGCCAGGCGUGCGCUUAUACUCCGGCGCGACGACCGGCGCCGGCCGCGUCUCGGACCCGCUCCGGAUCCUCUUCUGCGGCUCGGACGACUUCAGCUGCGCGGCACUGACCGCGCUGACCGUAGAAAAGAAGCGAAACCCGGCACUCAUUGAGUCGCUGGAGGUCGUUGUUCGGCCAAGCAAGCUGUCGGGGAGAGGGAUGAAGAAUGUUCGUGAGGUUCCGUUGAAGACCCUCGCUCAGCAGCUCAGAUUACCGAUUCACGUGAGAGACACGUUUACCAAGUGGCAGCCGCCCAGUAACUUCAAUCUCAUCGUUGCCGUCUCCUUUGGUCUUUUCGUACCUCCGAGAUUACUCAAGAUGGCAAAGUACGGAGGGCUGAACGUUCACCCAUCACUGCUCCCCGACUUCCGCGGCCCCGCGCCCCUCCAACAUACGCUCCUAAAAGGGCGCACGUACACAGGCAUCACGCUUCAAACCCUGGAUCACAAAGACUUUGAUCACGGCGACAUUCUGGCUCAAACACCGGUCCCAGGCAUCCCGAUCCCGGAAAACUGCAGCACGCAGCAGCUGCUCGACAUUGUCACGCCGCCGGCCGCCGAGAUGCUCGUCGACGGCCUACGUCGAGGUCUCCACGUCCCUCCGCACAUGAACGUCGGCUGGACAAAUUUCCCCGAGGGCUUCAGGGAGGACUCAUGUGAAGCACCCCAGCACGCGCCCAAGAUCACGAACCACGACCGCUGGUUUGCUUGGUCGGAGUGGACCGCCGACGAUGUCGUGACUCGGCAGCGCGUGCUAGGCGGCGUCUGGUCCUCUGCGAUCAACCAGACCACGGGCACGGAGAAGAGGAUCAAGUUGGGACGGGUAGACGCCGUGCCCCUCGAGGACAUGCCUGAGCACAUUAAGCAUUUUACUCGACGGUUGAAGGUGUACAAGAAAGAACGAAGAAUUGCUGACGAUACAAAGCCGGAGGAUGGUACAAAGGUAAAGCUCGUCAAUUGGAUUCAGGGAAAGCAAGACGGAUGUUGGAAAGUGCUUCAAUGUCCCUUUUUUGAGCACGAGGACGGGAAGAGCAUUUUGAUUCCCCUUGUUAAGGGCGAAAAGGUACUCAAGGUGUCGACCAUGAUCAUCGAGGGCUUCGCGGAACGUGCUGCCGUGAGCGCCAUCAAGAGCUUUGCCGUAGUCGGAAAUGAUCAUACUGAGGAAUCUACCGGCAGGCCCUGGGAAUUUAUUCUUUUUCCCUUUUAG